CUCAUCAUACCCCGCCCUUCCUCACACUCCUUCCCUCGCCUUCGCCCAGCUUGUUUCUUUCCAAACAUCGUCAUUUCACCUGGCUACUAUCACGCUCUAACCUGACCUUUCUUUCGGGGCGACUAUUAACUGCCAGAUCUCUUGACUGCAAGACACUCUUCGAUCUUAUUGUCUCUCCUUUCCCCGAGGAGCACUUCCCCACCCACCAUCGCGUCCAUCGACAACGCGGUAAUCGUGCCUACCAUCGAUGCAAGUCCAGCGAUUGGGAAAUCGCAGCGCUCUCGGUUGAAGACAAGGUGUCGCUGUUACCAGAUUGAACCCCCCCCUGCUACAAGGUUGAUUCGUUAAAGAGUUCCCGGUUCUCAAAGGAGGAAGUGCAAUCAUGGCUGGCAAGAGCGAUCGCAAGGCAGAGGACCAUGCUGAAGAGAAUUGGUCGGCCAGCGAGAGCUCAACCAGGGCUCUGCCUUCGCUGUCCACGGCUUCAAGGUCCAUUACGCCAAAGGGACCUCUGUUCCCCAACCUGGGAGAAGCGCACCAGGCCAUCACGUCAAGGCUGGCAUCGCACUCUGCUGGACGUCACGUUCCCGACAAGCCUUCACAGCCCUCUUCUUCUACUUCGUUCGUCAAUGUAUCCUCCAUCUCGACGGGAUCGGCCGACAGCCAGCCAAGCGCCACUCACAUGGAGUUCGCCAGGCCCAACUAUCCAGCUCAGCGGUGUCUGACGCCCUUCUUUGACACUUCAUCCUCAGGCGAUGAAUCGGCCAAGACGCCGACUGGCCCAUCGCCAGUUGUCUCGCCCUUGGCAUCAUCCAGCGGCGGCAACUCUGUGGGGGACAGCCUCAACGAUGGCGCUGGAGAGACCUACGUCAUGUCCGACCUUUUGGGAACUGGGGAGAUUAUCGAGGUCAUGUACGAUGAAUGCUACACGCCGCCCCUGUUCGCCCAGUCAACCUCAUCGGCCAAGGUUCACCAGUCCAAAGCCGUCGGUAGUGACGAGGAACCCAGCAACAAGUGUCAGGGCCCUUCGCGGAGAGCUGCUCAGAGCACGCACGUCCGCUCUACAGACAUACGACGGGCUAAUACUGAUGUCAGUUCGACCAUGGGUUACUGGCAUAUGCACCCUGCUGAUGAUGAGCCCUCACCAAUCUCUUUGCCCAAGCUGCCAAAGCCCGGAGUGCCAAAGAAACACCCUGCCAGAGGAAACAAAGGUGUCCUCAACAUCAGCCGUCCUGUACUUUCUGUGCAGACUAUUCCCAACUGUCAAGAUGCCACUAACAAGUCUGCGGACGCAGGUCAAGCUAGCCGGCAUGCAACCACUACCAGCACUGCGACAUCAAUCACCAGUCAAGACAUUGAGGACUUCGUCAUUUGUGGCCGGCUUCCUCCCCAGCCUGGUCACGACAAGCCCUCAAAUCAGGAUGUUCAGGAGAGCGAAAACAGUCAUGGCGAGAGCUCCAAUGCCGGCGGGUCUACCGACUCUGACGAGGACCCAUUCAAGUAUGACCGCGGCUCCUUCACCGGUUUUCUCCAGCCCUCCAGGGAGAGGGAAGUUAGUGCUGCCCUUCGCUGCGUGAGCGACAACAGUAUUGCUUCCGUGAGUGGGCUUCUGCACCUGGCGUCGCCCCAGGCCCCAACCCCGCUCGGCUUUCAAAGCAACAACCCAUUCGCGGCCAGGCUGCAGUCGUACCAGACACCUGCUGUUGGUUACGACUGGGGUGACGAAGACGGGCUGAACGAGGUGAGGAUUCCUGUUGUUCGCUCGCCGCCUCCCGUCCCGCCGAAUUCUCCCGUUCAACAUGCAAUGAAUUUGAGUGAUUUCGUCGAAGGGCUGGGUAGUCAGCGUCACAGGAACGAGAUUUUUACCCUCAUGAGUGACCAGGCGGAUUGGGAGACUGUCACUACCAGUGUUGGCCAGUUCGACAGCAACCGGGCCCUAGCUUCCUCAACAGGUCUCAGUGGUAGCCAUCCCGUGAAGGUUACAGGAAGCAGCAUCGCAGACUAUUCAGACACCAGCAGUGUCCAUGUGCCUCAAUUCGAUGCGUUUUCCUCGACAGAGAAAAUCAUGGAGCUCAUCACUACCAAUCACCCGCUCGACACUCACGGUCGUCGGAUGUUGAAAGGCCCUGGCCGUCCUGUCUUCCCUCCGAAGCCACGGAUUCAUCGUGUCAACGGGUAUCUUCAGAACCCCCGUCGCAUGUUCAUUGAUACAACCACCGGCAGCAGCGGGACCUCGGUCAGGAGCGCAUUAGUCGAGAGGCUCACUGCUUCAAUCCGAUCUCGCAGCGCAAGGAAGCAAGCGUACCAGCAAAAUUCUCAGCUUAAAUCGGAUCGUUGGUCCAGGGCCAGUGGCUUCGAGUCAUUGGACUCCAUUUCCUCAACCUACUCGGACCAACCCCCUGCGAUGGAUGGGUUUCAGGCUACCAACAGUACUCACGAAAGUAGGACUAAUGCUGUUGUUGGAUGCAAGAAGCAGCAAGGUCAGGAAACCACCUUCGGAUUGUUGACGUCUCCGAUUCCCAAAGAGCCCGCUCCCGUCCAUCUGAAGGGCCACCAACCAGCUCAGCCAAAUCACACUCAGCGACUUUCCGGUUUUAAGUCGCCAACCCUGUUCAGCUUUCCGCUCAUUAGCCUUCAAGAGGCUGCCAAACGUGCGAAAAUCAGGGCCCUAAACGACGGCGGCCUCGCCGUUACUAGCGGUACGAGAACACGGAAAAAUUCGAGCAUGGAUCCUUCCAAGGCGACUCAAAGGACGACGCAUCCUACACCGCACAUCAUGAAGCCCAUCCGUGACCAUCCCCGCCGUCCCACAUCUGCCAGUAUUUUGGGCAUCUCCGAGAAUCAUCGCGGUUACGCCAACUCCCAAGAGAAUCUCAUCAUGGGCCACGAGCGCGGCAUCUCCAACGUGACGUCCUACAAGAGCGCGACCCCGCUCGUCGCAGGCCGCUCCUCCACCCUUUCGCGCGCCUUCCGAAACCCCUUUGAGGCCGUCGGCAGCGGCGUUCAGCGGAACACCCACCCGUAUCCAGGCCAUACCUUCAUCUUCGACACUCCGCCGACUCUCGUCCAACGCGACAAGCGGAACGCCGCCCGCGCAGCCGCUGCAGCAGCCGGACUCGGCAACAACAUGUCGCCCUCGCUGCGCCAGAUCGCCGCCCUUGAGGCCGGCGCCUCGUUUGGCGCCCUCGCCACCGACGACUCGGUCUAUCUGUCUUGGGAGGCCCGCAAGCGCCGCGAGGCGUUUUAUUACCUCAUGUGCGCCCUGGCCGUGUUCCCCUUGCUCUUGCCGCUGUUUUGGCUCGGCAAGUUCGACUCGGCUCUGUCGUGGAUCACGCGAGGCGAGACGGGCUCGUUCACGCCAAAGCAGCGGUCCAGGGUCUUGUUCGUUGGGGUCAUGUUUGGCUUCAUCUGGGUGAUUGGUAUUGCGGUUGGGGGCACGGUUGCCGCGCUGAAUGCUGACCCGGAGUUGAGGGCUACUUGGUAGGCCUUAGGGUUCUGGUUGGGCUUGUCCCGGACGCCCGAAUUCGUGGUAGAGUUUUGGGGG